UCCCACUUCUGCUCCGGUCUUAAUUCUCAAGUCUUCGAGGUGCAGCGGCAGCAGCGUGCAGACGGGCGGAGCGGCGGUGCAUGUUCGAACCCCCUCCCCCCCUCCUCCCUUCCUCCGGUCGGAUGUCCGAUGACCGGACCGACUCGUGUUUACAUCCGUGCGCGGCGCGCGCAGGCGGGGACGUGCGCUCGGCGCGUCCUCUGAUGCGGAUCGGACCGGAGUGAAGGCGGACCGGGCCGCGGCGGAUGAUCCGGGAAGUACCGGGGCUUUCAUUCUGGGGGUAGAGGAGGGGAGCAUCUGCCGGGACCGCGGACCGGGGGGAACAGUUGGACACCAGCUCCCGCACGAGCAGAAUGACAGGUAAACCGUCGGCGCCCCCUUGUGGUGUGGAGGAGUGAGGGCGUCUGGAUGAAGGCCAUGGAGCUGAAGGUUUGGGUGGACGGAGUGCAGCGCAUCGUGUGCGGCGUCACAGAGUUCACCACGUGCCAGGAGGUGGUCAUCGCUCUGGCGCAGGCCAUCGGGCGCACCGGCAGGUACACGCUGAUUGAGAAGUGGCGCGAGACGGAGCGCCACCUGGCGCCGCACGAGAACCCGGUGGUGUCCCUCAACAAGUGGGGUCAGUACGCCAGCGACGUGCAGCUCAUCCUCCAGCGCACCGGGCCGUCCGUCAGCGAGCGGCCCACGUCCGACGGGCUGGCCCGCGUCCCGGAGCGCGGCCUCUACCGCCAGAGCCUGCCGCCGCUGGCCAAGCUGCGGCCGCCGGGAGCCGACCGCUCGCUCAAACGCAGAGAGCCCAAACGCAAGUCGCUGACCUUCACCGGCGGCGCCAGGGGCCUGCGGGAAAUAUUUGGAAAGAGCAAAGAUGCAGAAGCCAAGCAGGCGCAGCAGCAGCAGCAGCAGCAGCAGCAGCAGCAGCAGCAGCAGCAGCGCGGCGUCAGCCUGAACCUGAGCAGGGUGGGAGGAGGCGGGACGGCGUCUGUGCCCGGCAGUCCGGCCCGGGAGCUGAGCCGCCUGGUGCAGCUGCAGAGAGACAAGCUGCAGGCCCUGGAGGGCCGCCUGCUGGGCUGCGAGGUGGAGCUGCAGGACUGGGAGGAGGCGGCGGGCGACGCCAGUGAAGAGGCAAACUUGGAGGAAGAGCUGCUGCUGGUGGAGCAGCAGGUGAGGAGGAACGAAGCCGAGAUCGAGGAGGAGGAGUUCUGGCAGAACGAGCUGCAGAUCGAGCAGGAGAGCGAGCGGCAGCUGCGCCAGCAGCUCGCCGAGCUGCAGGCGCGUGUGCGCGACUGCGAGGCCAAGCUGUCCGAGUACCUGACGCGCAUACAGAGCAUGGAGGGCGGCCUGGAGCAGGAGAGGAGGCAGCAGGAGGCCGAGCUCAGCCAGAGGGUCAAUGAGGAGGAGGUGCAGGCCCAGCUGGAGAAAGUGAGGGCAGAGUUGGAAACGCAGAGCCAACAAACAGCCCGGCUGGAGAGCAGCUGCAGGGCGCUGGAACGAACGCUGGACCAGUCAGGAAAGAGAUUACAGGAGAAAGAGCAGGAGCUGGAGCUGCUGACGAAGGAGCUCCGACAGGUCAACCUGCAGCAGUUCAUCCAGCAGACCGGCACCAAGGUCACGGUGCUGCCCGCCCAGCCUGCUGCAGAGAACGAGGUGGAGUGCGGCUCUCUGAAGCGCCUGGGCUCGGCCCGCCUCUUACCCAGCGACCUCCGCGCCCUGCAGAGCGCCGUCUCCUCCGGCCUCAACCCCGAAGGCAUCUACGUCUGACAGCCCGACCAUCCGGCGCGCAUUAGCCGCUGUGACAGGAUGGAUUUUUUUUUUUUUUUUUUUUUAAAGCUGGACGGCUCAAGAAAUGACUCCAACAAAACUGCCGGGGAGAAGCAGCGGCGUGGCACCUUAAUUCUGAACGUGUCUGAGGAGAAGAACAAACUCUGGCAACUUCCCUGCACUCGCCUUCUCAACUGAUGUCAACAGGCGUUUGAUGGCCGCGCCGUCCGAACUGCGAGCUCCAGAGAGACGAAAAGCGCAGGCGACCUUUACCUUCAGUCAUGAGAACAUUUAACUCUUCAAAAAAAUAAAUUAAACUGACUGCAUGAGCAUGCGAGAGCCUCCACGCCACACCUGUGCUAUACCCAUAGCCAUAUCUGAUUGCCUUAUUCUGGUGUCUAACAGCCAGAAGUCAAUAAAAUGUAAAGUGGA